UCCACUUCCGGUGUUACUGUAAUAGAAAAACGCCGGUUCUUGUUGUGGCUGGGCUGAAUAUACCAUUAAAAAUGUUUUCGGCUGUCUCUAAAGUAGGAGUUGUUGCUCCGUUUGUGUCCGCCACAUCCCAAAAUGUGGGAUCUCAGCUUAGACAAGCAGUUGUCGCAGCUCCAUCAAUUGUUCACAAAUUCACAUUACCUGAGAGGGAAGAUAGACUUACAAAUGUGAAGCUCGGUGCUUUGCUACCAAAGAGUCACGGUACGCGGGUGACGAGUGGAGUCGAAGCUGCCGGACAUGUGAGGUUUGCACACACAGACAUCCAAGUACCGGACUUCUCAGAGUACAGACGUGACACAACGAGCGAUCCCAAGAAGCCGGCAAGUACCUCAUCGACUGACCGUCAGAUGUUCUCAUACCUCCUGGUUGGUGGAGGAACCAUUGCAGCGACAUACGGUGCAAAGAAUAUUGUCACUGAUUUCAUCCAGACCAUGAAUGCCUCUGCAGAUGUCUUAGCUAUGGCCAAGAUUGAAAUCAAGCUGGAAGAAAUUCCAGAGGGUAAGAACAUGACCUUCAAGUGGAGAGGAAAGCCCCUCUUUGUGAGGCACAGGACGCAGGAGGAGAUUGACGAGUGCGUGUCCGUCGAUGUCGCGUCACUGCGCGACCCCCAGCAUGACAAGGAACGUGUGCAGAAAGACGAGUGGCUGGUCCUCAUCGGCGUGUGCACCCAUCUGGGCUGUGUACCCAUCGCCAACGCCGGAGAAUACGGGGGCUACUACUGCCCUUGCCACGGGUCCCAUUAUGACGCCUCAGGCAGGAUCAGGAAAGGACCCGCACCCCUCAAUCUAGAGAUCCCCGAGUAUACCUUCCCCACAGACGAGAUGCUUAUCGUAGGUUAAUGUUGGAAUGCAAAGCUGAUUCAUAGCAUUUAUAUCGUCAUCAGGAAUUUCAGCAUGCUUGUCCACAGAGCCCUUACACUUCCGUUACCUGACUUCAAAGCUAUGCCAAACCAAUUGAAAACUUUACUCCAAUUAAUAUCUACCGGUACCAUACAAUAGUGAUCAUACUUAAAUUAUCCUUUUCCCUUGUACUUUUGUAGCCAGAUAGAAUUUAAUAUUUCUUGAGGCUCAUUCAUACCAAAUAAUGCAAAUAAAGUCACGAAGAAGUAAAUGCACACUAAUUAAGAACUGCCGAUGUCCCAUGUGACUUGCACUUGUACUGGUGUAAUACAAUUAAAGUUUGUCACGUGGAUAUGCCUUGUCAGAAUAAGUGGAUGUAGAAUUUCACAUAGGUGAUGAAUAUGCAAGGUCAUAUUUGAGUUAUUUAUUAUUCUAUAAUACUGGACAAAAUAAAGAAUGAAUUGGCUUUGUUUUGGUUUUCUGGUGCAAGCAUUGUGGGAAGGUAUUAUCCGUACAAACAGCAGAUUGGGUGUGCUGUGUAUGUGAACUAUCGCCGAGUUUAUUUACAUAAUGCUCCACUUAUGUGUGAUACAUGCCUAGUCUUUUUGCUGUUGUAUUGUAAAGAUAUUAGGAUUUUACUAGUGAGACAAUAUGUGUGUUUUACCCAUGUACAAGAGUUGAAUAAAAUUGGAGAGACCUAUAUUAAAAACAUGUUCAAAGUUGA